UUCUGGCUUGCAGACUGUCACCAGACUCCUGAGACGGUCGGUCUGGCCUCUCAGCUAUACCGGGAGCUGAUCUGUGUGCCGUACCUGGCCAAGUUUGUGGUGUUUGCCAAGAUGAACGAUCCUGUGGAGUCACGCCUCCGCUGCUUCUGCAUGACGGACGACAAAGUGGACAAGACUCUGGAACAACAGGAGAACUUUGAAGAGGUGGCCAGGAGCAAGGACAUCGAGGUGGGUCUGAUUUGCACCCACACGCACACAUACACAAAAUAUGUUGACACAGGUAGACACAAGCACAGAUACAUGGUUUAUCUGAAUUGACAUGCUAUUGUUGAUAAUGAUUUUACAGGUCUUGGAGGGCAAGCCUAUCCAUGUGGAUUGCUAUGGCAACUUAUCUCCUCUUACCAAGAGUGGGCAGCAGCUGAUCUUCAACUUCUUCUCUUUCAAAGAGAACCGGCUUCCUUUCAAUGUGAAGGUAGAAUCACAUUUUCAUCCUCCUCUUAUAUGUAAUAAGGUCACACUUUUCUAUUAUAGUGGUAUGCGAGAGGAUGAUCGUCCUUCAAACUUGCUGACAUGUUGUAAGCUCUAAUGCUCAUGGCCUUUUUUCAGCACCAAGAAAAUAAUGUCCUUAUGCUCUUAUUUUAGAUCUUGUAUAAAAAUUAUAUCUUUUUUUAUAGUACAUGUUUUUUUGCUCCUUAGGUCAGAGACAUGGGCCAAGAACCAUGCGGUCGACUCUCAUUCUUGAAAGAGCCAAAAACCACUAAAGGUCUUCCACAGACUGCCAUAUGUAAUUUGAAUAUCACACUGCCAACUCAUAAU